AUACCAAGGUAGCUAAGCUAGAAGUCAUGAAUAUACGUCAGUUGCCCUCAUCCGAUUCAAAUAAUAGUUAACGCGCGUAAAUAAAGCGUACAUAAUGACGGAGCGAAUAUUAGAUUCGGAAAGCUACAAUGCACAAAAUAUCCCGGCAAAAGAAAUGCAUGAUGAUGGAAUUGACUUAGACGAUUUGCUGCCAAAAAUAGGAGAAUUUGGGAUUUACCAAAAGUGUUUACUGUGGUUCGUAUGCUUACCAGCUUGCCUUCCCUGUGGUUUCUGUGCAUUCAAUCAGCUUUUUAUGACAGACACUCCAGAUCAUUGGUGUCUCGUACCAGAAUUAAAAAAUUUCUCACAAGAGGAAAGAAAACUGAUGUCUAUACCAAAAAAGGUUGAGGGCAACAACACUUUUGAAAAUUGCUUUCGUUACGCCGUCAAUUGGUCUGAUAUUUUGGAAACGAAUGGACCAAUUCAAAUAAAUGAGAGUUGGCCUGUGGAACCAUGUUUCGAUGGUUAUGAAUAUGAUACUUCAGAAAUAAUUUCCUCUGUGGUCAUUGACUUUGAUUUAGUUUGUGAAUAUGACGUUUACCCAACCUUAGGUUUAGUUGCUUUAAACGUCGGAGGACCUAUCGGUGUGUAUUCUUUUGGGAUUUUAAACGAUCGAAUCGGACGAAAAAAGUCAUUUUUUGCAUGUCUAUCCACUCUGCUACUCGGUAGUUUAAUGACCGCUUAUGCGCACGAAUAUUGGUUUUGGGUCUUAGCAAGAGUUAUAGUAGGAUUGACAAUCCCUGCUGUAUAUCAAAUACCUUUUAUUAUAUCUUUAGAAUUAGCUGGACCAAACUACAGGUCAUUUGUAACAGUAAUGACUUGCAUAUUUUACACGCUGGGCCUAAUAUUACUAUCUGGGGUAACAUACGUAUUGCGUGAUUGGAGGUCACUCGCUUUAGCAACAUCUGUACCGUUCUUUUUUUAUUACUUAUAUUGGUUUGUUUUACCGGAAUCCCCAAGAUGGUUAUUAAUGAGGGAAAGACUGGAGGAAGCUAACAACAUACUUAAAACAAUUGCAAGAGUGAAUGGUAAACAAUUACCAGAAGAGUAUACGGCAAAAUUACAAAAACAAGUUAUGGAGCAAAAAGAAAAUGGAAUUAAAGAAACAAAAUCAGCCAGUGCUUUCGCUUUGUGUAAAACUCCGAAUAUGAGACUAAAGACAUUUUUGAUAACUUUGAACUGGUGUGCUUCCGAGAUGGUGUAUGUUGGUCUCAGUUAUUAUGGGCCAGCAAUAGGAAGCAAUCAGUACAUGAGUUUCUUUUUAUCAUCUGCUGUGGAAAUCCCUAGUUACAUCGUGUGCUGGAUACUUAUGGAUAAAGUGGGACGUCGCUGGCCCUUAUGCUUAUCAAUGGUCAUAAGUGGCAUAUUUUGCAUAGUAACUGUACUUUUGCCCAAUGAUGCGGAAAAUGAAACGCUAAUUCUGUAUUUAAUAUCGAAAUGUUUUAUAUCAGCCUCAUUUUUAAUUAUAUAUCCUUAUGCUGGCGAACUCUAUCCAACAGAAUUAAGAGGUGUCGGAAUUGGAACAUCAGCGUAUAUUGGAGGAUUGGGUUUAAUAAUAAUACCUUUUAUCAAUUAUUUGGGAACUAGUAACUUAGUGCUACCAUUGGUAUUAAUGGGCGGAGUGGCCGUUAUUGGAGGAUUAACAGCACUUCGCUUGCCAGAGACCCUUCAUACUUCUUUACCGCAAACUGCAGAAGAAGGCGAAGAAUUUGGUAAAGAUUGGACAUAUAAAGAUUGCUGGAGUUGUGGAGGACCCAGAAGAGUUGCAUCUGAGGGUGAUUCAUAUGAGAACUUAGACCAACUGGAAUUGACGCAAGCUCCAAUUAUAGAAGAUGAAGUAUCGGACCUAAGGCCGAUACGACGUAACUCUAUGAAGAAAUUAGUUCGACAAGCGAGCAUUCUGGAGACACAGCGAGAUGUGGACGGAAAUUUAAAGAUGACGUAUUGGUUUUAGUGUCCCACGAAUAAUAGUGACUGUUCUAAGUGCAUUAUAUGUCAUUUUUUAUCUGAUUAUCACGUGAUUCGUGAUUCGAACUGUUUUUCAUUUAAUAAUUAUUUUCGCAAAGUACUUAAUACGUGAAAAUAUUAAGAAGUAAAAUAAAUGACCUUUAUUUAUAUAUAUCGGGAUCGUGCAAUGGUGUACUUAGGAGAUAGAAACAAAGCUAAUUUAGUGUAAUCGAUUUGAAUUUAAAUAAGUUAUUUUAUCUAAGAAUUAAUUACUUCAUAUUUGUGCUACUUAUAAAUGUUAAAAUAAAUAUAAGAUAUAUUUUCAUCGUUUCAUUUAUUUAAAAUUGUAUAAUUAUAAUUAUAUUUUUAACAAUAAUAAUUACGUCUAAAUA